UAAAGCAAAAAUCGAGUUACAUAUGCGCCGAGGCCCUGCGGGAGUCACUUCAGUGGAUCGGAGGGGUCAUCGAGGCAUCGAGGGGGCUGGACACCCAUGGGCUGCAGCGCAAGUGUGUUGUUGUAAGAUCGCCGCCCCUGUGAGACGAGCACAGCGCGCCAAUAUCACUCACACAAUCCCCAAACCUCCAGCAAAGUAAAUGAUCAAGCUCAGUUCCGCCCGCCGAAACGGCCAAAUGAGCUACGGUUUCAUUCCGCAGAAUUCCUUUGAGCUUUUGUUGUUGCUGCAGGAAGAGCCAGGAUCAUCUUUAUGGAAAACAAGCAAGCAACAAACAGGGCAUGAAAACCAAACAAAAAAAGGACUCAGAAAUCAUAAAGUGGUUCUGAACAAGUUAAAAAAGCGCAUAGGGGAAAAGGGAGGAGGAAGCCCAAACCCCAACUCAUUCAUAGCCAGAUGCUGGGAACAGUGGGCCAUAUAG